AUGAUUUAAAAUGAUGAGAAGGUAGAAUAUCCUUGGGAUUGUGUACUUUGUAGUUAAUAAAAUGCUUACUUUCUGAGAAAGUGUUAACAUUGUGGAACCGUGAAGUAGCAAUUCUGUCAAUAAAUGAAAUUUGAUUAUCUAUAAAAUGAUAAUUAAGCAUUUUCAGAGAUCAAUAUCAUAGAUUUUGAAUGUAAUCGAGUAGAAGAUAGAAGAGAAAUCUUGGAAUUGCUUAUAUGUAAAUUAAAGCUAUCAGAGUCUGAUUACAAAGUUGUCUUCUCCAAGCAACUAAUUAUUAAGCCGUAUUUGAUACCUCUUAUCCAAAACCCAGAGUAUAGCUCUAUUACAUAGGAAUAAGCUGAUUAAGGUGUUCCAUUUUAACAAACCUUUUAAUAUUUGUCUGGAGAUAUAUAUAUAUUUGAGAAUAAUGAGAAGGCUAAGAUCUAUUAAGAAUAAUGUUAAUAUCUCAAUUUGUAGUGCCCAAUAACAAAAUACAUCGAGCUUAGAAGAGUGUUCCCUAAUUCUAAUGGGUUAUUAACAUUAAAUGCCAUGAUGAAAGAAUUGAAAAUACCAUAUUAAUCUGAUUGUUUUGCUUUGGCAGAGGUUGUAAGUGAACUACUGGAGAGAGCCUAUAAAUUUGAGUUAAAUAUGUUGCAGACUUUGAAAUUUCCAAUACCAGAAGAGGAAGCUAGACUCUAAGGGUUUGAUAAUAUCAUCAUCCUUGAUUUUGAAGCUACAUGUGUCAGAGAAUCAGAUAAGAAAUACCUGUAAGAAAUAAUAGAGUUUCCAGCACAAGUUUAUAAUGUUUAAGAAAGAAAAGUUAAAAAAGAGUUUUAGAAGUAUAUAAAACCAGUUGAAAACCCUAUUUUAAGUGAUUUUUGCACAGAACUAACAGGCAUAACUUAAUAAUAAGUAGAUGAAGGAAUUCUACUUGAUUAAGCAAUUAAUGAAUUUAUUGAAUUUAAAUAAGGAUUGUAAAAAUGCUGUAUAUUAACUUGUGGAGAUUAUGAUUUGCAUUUACUUAAAAAAGAGGCAGCUAGAAAAGGAAUCCCUAUUUCAAGAGAAUUACAAUAUUAUAUAAAUAUAAAAAAGGUAUUUCCUAAAAGCUUGAGAAAUCCAAAAGAUCCAAAGGAUCCCUGUAUGGUAGAAAUGUUAAAACUUUGUGGACUAGAUUUGUUAGGGAGACAUCAUAGUGGAAUUGAUGAUGUGAAGAAUAUCACAAGAAUUGUUCACUAUUUAAUAAAUGAAAAGAACUUUUAAUUCGACGAGAGGAUGGUAUCUUAUACUUUCAAACUCUGA